CCGAUUUUUCUGCUGAUGCUGUGCUUGUUCUGGCUGCUGGGAGAGGGAAUAAAAGCCAGCCCUCACGCAGGAGGGGAGGGAGAAGAGAAGGGGCACAACUGGGAGCACGCUUCAUGUUCGUCCGGGUGUCUGAGUGGUGAAGGGAACUACAUGUGGACUCAAAGAGCAGCAUGUCCGUGUUUGUCCAGUCGAAGUGGGGAAUCGGUCGCUGGGGGCAAUGGACUGCAACAAUGCAAGGAUCUUUGGACCCCAAAGUUGGGUAUGGUAAGAAGGGUGGAGCUGCGGCAGUCGAAGAAGCUCGUCGUGCGGGCGAAGUUGGCAGUUGGCGAUGAAAGCAGGCAGACCCAAUUUUUGAAGGAAGGAGUGGAGACGAACACACGGAACGUCAAGUGCUUGGAAUUCGCCGGUGGACCUGACAAUUUGGACGGAUCUCCCACCAAGGCAUUCAGCCGGGGGACCCAGAAAGGUCGUGUGGUGGUCAUCGCGGGUCCAACUGCGGUUGGUAAGUCACGCAUCGCGAUCGCCUUGGCCAAGCAGCUCGGAGGAGAGAUCAUCAGUGCUGACUCAAUACAGGUUUACAAAGGCAUGAACGUCGGCAGCGCCAAGACACCGUUGAUUGAGCGACAGGGCGUUCCCCAUCACCUGCUUGACAUGGUUUGUCCUACAGAAGAAUACUCAGCGAGCCGAUUUUUGGAAGACGCCAGAGCUGCCACAGAUCGAGUGCUGGAUCGCGGCCGCGUACCGAUUAUUGUUGGAGGCACAUGCACUUACCUGCGCUGGUUCAUGAAUGGAAAUGCUGGAGCACCCAAAGCAACUUCUGAAGUGGGUGCCACCAUUGACGGUGACAUUCGCCGUUUAAUCGGUCGCCCUGGGAGUUGGGAAACAGCUGUGCACAGGCUUGCCCAAGCAGGUGAUCUCACAACUACUAACAGCCUGGCACGCAAUCCUACAAAUGCUAACAUGCUUCGUCGAGCCAUCGAAGUAGUCACGCCUUGGGGAGCUUUUCACAACCUCUACACCUGCAUGCUGAAUCACAUGGAUGGGUCGGAGUGGGACUAUGACUACGACUUUCAGUGCUACUUUUUGUACCAGCAUCGUGCGGAGCUGUAUCACUGGAUAGAUCUGCGCUGUGAACAGAUGCUUGCAGAUCCGAGGGGUUUACUACAGGAGGCAUCAUGGCUCCUAGAUCUUGGAUUGAUGCCUGAUUCUAGUUCCGCAUCUCGUGGGAUUGGCUACCAGGAAGCGAUGGAGUUUCUGAUGGAGUGUAGAAAAGCUGGAGGAAUGGCCACUGAGAAGAGGGUCUUGGAAUUUCUAUCAGCUUUUCAACAUGUUUCAAGAAGUCUGGUGAAAAAGCAGCUUACAUGGUUUCGAAGUGAUCAACACAGCGAUGUAAAGCAAUUCCACUGGAUUGACGCUUCUCAGUCAACGGAGAAGAUUUUGGAAGCUAUGAGGAAAGAAUACUGGCGACCGCCAGGUUACCCUUCUGAAUUGAGAGGAAGCGACGAUCGGAAACACGCCAGUUACAAGGAGGGAAAAGUACUGAAAUACUACAAAGUUGAAAAUAGGAUUUUUACAAACUCAGCAGCAAUCGCAAAUGUUUUGAAAUGGGUGAAGCAGACACAAGUUGACCGGAGAUUUCAACAGAAUGUAGUUAGGUUCUGAGUAAACCGAAAUUCUGGGGACGAACCCUGGUCAAUGGUCUCCAGUUUUAAGGUAGGUCUGGUUUAAAACAUCAUCCAGACCACUGUAACAUUAUGCAAGGUAGUAGCAAAACAGCAAGAAUGCGAUCCUUGAUGCAGUUUUGAUAGGCAAUGCUUGUGUUCCCUGAUUCUUUUUAAGAACAAUCUGUACAUGCGGAGUUUUCAUUAAUCCACACAUUUGUCCAAAUGACUAUAGCCUCA